AUGGCCUCUUUAAGCUGUGGCUACAAGUGUCUGCAGAUUUUUCUAGUGGUAUUUAAUGUCCUUGUUUGUACAUGUGGGAUUGUUGCAGUUGUAAUUGGAAGUCUCUCCCAAGUUGCUAUUAAUAAAUAUUCCACUGGAGUGGAUUCAAAUAUCAAAUGUCUCGUAAUCUUUGUAAUAGCACUUGGAUGCUUCCUAGUUGUGUUUGGAUUUCUUGGGUUUUUUGGAUUGGUUACCAAGAAUACUUUCUGUUUAAUCUUGUACACCUCUCUACUGUCAACCGUUGUGCUGAUCGAAAUAGCGGGAGGAGUAGUGGCAGCUGUGCUAAGAAAAGACGUAAAAGCUCAAUUCCAAUCUCUGAUUAAAAGCUCCGUUUCUGAAUAUAGCAAGAAUCCGGACUUGAAGAAACUCUUAGAUAAGAUACAAACAGAGUUUCAUUGUUGCGGCUCUGAAUCGCCAAAGGACUACAUAUCGACUAAGCAAACCAUCCCUGAUUCAUGUAAAAAUCCAGAAACUAAGAUUAUAUACUUAGAUGGUUGUUCAUGCAAAGUAAUCGACUUCUUUGAAAAAAGAAAUAAUAAUAAUAAUAAUAAUAAUAAUAAUAAUAAAUUGGAAUUACAUAAUGAUGGUAUUAGAUUAUUUGAAGGGUUUGAUAAUCAUAUUGCCUUGAUUACUAUUGGUAGUAUAUUUUAUAGUUCAGUUCGUAAAUACAAUGGCAAACUUGAGACGACUGUCAAAGGAGUAAUAAAAUGCCUUGUCAUAGUCGGAUGUAUUAUGAUUUUUUCUGGAUUCCUAGGUCUCUUUGGAUCUUGCUUAAAUAGUAAUGAUGUACUUUGCUUGUUUUCUGUUGGUUUGGUCACCAUAAUUAUUGUUCAGCUUGGAACUGGAAUAACAUGCCUUUGUUAUCAUGUAAAGUUGUGGGAUAAUCUACAUUUGAGCAUGAAGAAAGCAGUUGAAAAUUAUCAUUUCAAUAAAACGAUAAGCACCAUUAUGGAUAAAAUUCAUAGAGAUCUUAAAUGUUGUGGUUCACUUAAUUACUUAGAAUAUGGAGAUAAAAUUCCCUCGUCCUGUCAUGAAGAUGGUUCCAUUUACAAAAAUGGUUGUACUGAUGUAUUAAAUCAAUUCGGUAGCCAAUUUCUAACUAUUGGUACAGUUUUCUCAUUUAUGUUCAUAAUCCUUGAAAUAAUAACAAUUGGAUGUUCCAUAUAUUUAACUGCAUAUAUCGAUGCAAAAGAUCAUAGAUGA